AUGUCCCCAAGCAAAACCUCAACACCACUAGACCCAAUCUCCACCUGGCGCGCCUGUCAAACCCUCACAAUAAUCUACACAAACCUACUAAACCGACAAAUCCGGCGACGGUGGCUCCUCGAACAAAAAUGCAUGCAAAACAGACCCCUCCGCGAACGCUUCCGACCCGUGAUCUUCCUCGAACCCAUCCCAACCCUACGCAAACCCAACACAAAAACAAAAGAAACCAACCCUUUCAACGAAACCACAAUGGAAAAACUCCGCACGCGAGUCGCGCUGCUCCGCGCGCGCGUCGAAAAGGGAAAAGAACUCGCUUCUGAGAUCGAGCGUCGCAUGGUGCAGGAUCCGCCCAUUCGCUUUCCGACGCAUUUCUGUCAUACUUGUGUUGAGGAUGGGGAGAGGGUUGGGGUUUUGCUUACGACGUGUGGACAUCGGGUUUGUAGGACUUGUAUUGAAUAUGGGGUUGAUGAGAAUGGGGUUUAUGAGUGUAGUAUUUGUUUUGCGCCGACGGGUUUCGUGGCGCGUAGUCCUGUCGUGUUUGUUAAGGAUUAUCCUGGGGAGGUUGUGCCGAUUUUGAAGGAGGGGGAGGUUGUGGUUUGA